GAUUACACCCAGAAAAUAUGAUGUCAUUCACACAUCUGAACUUGGGCAAAAUGCUGGAGCAAUCACUGCUGACGCUGGAGAUUUAACACUAAAUCGAAGGGAAACAAGGACGUCAUUUACAUUCAGGAAAGUGAGGAGAAGCCCUUGCAAUUGCAUUUACCCAUCUGUCUGUGACAGCCAGAAAGAACAGCGAAGACAAGUACAACCUUCAUUUCCCCAGGAUGAGAUGGAGGCCUCAAAGCUGGAGCAAGAAUAUGUACACAAGGUGUACGAAGACAUUGCCAGACACUUCAGCAGUACCAGGCAUAGCCCAUGGCCCCAAAUUGUAGAGUUUCUCAGGUCCCUACCAAAAGGGUCAAUAGUGGCUGAUGUUGGUUGUGGUAAUGGGAAAUAUCUAGGCAUCAAUGAGGAUUUGUAUAUGGUUGGCUGUGAUCGCAGCAAAAACCUGGUGGAUAUUUGUGGAGAAAAAAAUUUCCAUGCUUUUGUCUGUGAUGCCUUGUCAGUGCCAAUCCGCAGUGGUUCUUGUGACGCCUGCAUCUCUAUUGCUGUAAUCCACCAUUUCUCAACAGCGGAGAGGAGACUGGCUACUAUCCGUGAACUAGUCCGGCUUCUAAGACCUGGUGGGAUGGCACUCAUUUAUGUCUGGGCAAUGGAACAAGAAUACAAAAACCAGAAGUCUAAAUACCUUAAGGAAAAGAAUGGUAGUAAAGACAAGAAGGAGGAAAUCAGUACUGGCAUGGCCCAGAGAACAAUUAGUGAUCAAAUGCCUCAUAGCAGCAGCCAAGACUCAGCAUGUUCUGACCGACUCCUUAAUGACUCAAAGGAUGAAGGCUGUGAUACAAAGCCAGUUGCAGACUCCAGACUGCCUGUUCACACUAACCGAACCUCCUUUCACUCUCAAGAUUUGCUCGUUCCUUGGCACCUGAAAGGUGUCACUAAAAAGAAAGGGGAAAGUGUUGAUACAGUGUCAUUUCCAGGUGGAUCUAAGGAAUCGCAAGAACUCAACCCUGUUUUACACCGUUAUUACCAUGUGUUCUGUGAAGGGGAACUGGAAGCAGUAUGCAGAUCCUUGGAUUGUGUGAGAGUUCAAAAGAGUUAUUAUGAUCAGGGAAACUGGUGUGUGGUUCUAGAAAAGUUGUAGCCUGUGGUGUUUCCUCCACUGCCU